UGGGGUAGAGCGCGGUGGCGUCAUCGUAGCUCACGGCAGCCCCCAACUCCGGGCCUCAAGCUGUCCCCCCGCCUCGGCCUCCCGAAGUGCUGGGACGACAGGCGAGCGCCCCCGCGCCAGGCCCGCCACCCUACUUUUGACAACCCGCGUAGGCUGCACCGGAAGUUGGCGACUGCGCCGGGCCAGGUCCCGGGCAGGGUCCUGCCCGUCCUGCCAUGGUCCUAGGCAGUGGCGCAGGGCUGGCCCUGGGGGUCCUCUUGGUCUACCUGCAGCCCUGGUUAGGUUCUAUCAGCUGUAAUUCCCUACCAGUAUACGCGGCCGUGAAUGAGAGUGUAACUUUUCAUCCAUCAAGUCAUAUGCCUUUUCAAGAGAUCCUGUGGAAAAAACAAAAGAAUAAAGUUAUAGAAUGGGAAAACUCUGAGUUCAAAGCCUUUCCACCUUUUAAAGGUAGAGUUAAUUUAGACCCUGUGUCCGGUAACCUCACUAUCUUCAAUUUAACAUCAUCAGAUGAAGAUGAGUAUGAAAUUGAAUCUCCAAGUAUUACCAGUACCAACAAGUUCUCUCUUUAUGUGAUUGAGCCUAUUCCAUCUCUUACACUAACUUGUACAUUGACUGAUCAAAACAUUAUCGUCCAGUGUGAGAUCCUGGAGCAUUAUGACAGCCAUCCAGAACUUCUAAAGUACUCAUGGGAUUGCCCUUCAGACCAAUGUAAAAAUAACUCAGCACCUGAGAUGCAUUUUGAUAGGGAAAGUGAUCAUUCACAGAAAAUACAAUGUACUGUUAGCAAUAAAGUAUCCAAAAGGACAUCGUCAAUCAUUUUGGCAACCUGUUUCCCAAGCGCUGGUGUUUCAAGGGGCAGGUUUCCUCUACUUUUAUCAGUGGCGUUUGUAGGGGCUCUUGUAUCAAGUCUUUCUUUUUUCUGUUUGGCUAAAAGCAGAAGAUGAAGCCAAAGGUGUAAAAACUAAAUUAUUUUAAAAACUUUAAAAAGCCAUCUGAUUUCCCAUUUGAGGAUUGCACCUCUUUAAGGAAACUCUGCGAGCCUUUGAAGAAACCUUCAUCAGCAGCUAUACUUUUUAGAAGAAAUAUCAACUAACAAGCAUUAGUUUCUACUCUACCAUCAGCAUAUUAUACGAUUUGGUGCUUGCUUUCUUGUCACUAAAUUGU